UCUCUUUCCUCAUAUUUUUUCAACAUUUCCUCCUUUCUUCUUCUUCUUCACACAAACACACACAGAUCUCUUCACCAUCACAUUACUUCUGGUUUUUUUACAUCUUUCUUCAACCUUCUCCAUGAGGAAAGGGAGAGGCUCUUCCGUCGUUGGUCCCGCCCUUCCAGUAACCGCCGGUGGAUCUGUGAAGGAGCCGAGGUAUAGAGGCGUCAGGAAGAGACCUUGGGGUAGAUUCGCCGCGGAGAUCCGUGAUCCAUUAAAGAAAUCCCGUGUUUGGCUCGGUACUUUCGAUUCCGCCGAGGAAGCUGCACGCGCUUACGACACCGCCGCUCGUAACCUCCGUGGUCCUAAGGCCAAGACCAAUUUCCCGAUCGAUUGCUCUCCUUCUUCUCCUCUCAACUACCACCACAACCAGAAUCAGAAUCAGAAUCAGAAUCUAUGCUCUGCUGCCGCCGCCCCGGCGAAUCAGAAUCAGAACCAGAUCGAUCCGUUUAUGGACCAUCGGUUAUACGGCGGAGGUAAUUUCCAGAACCAGCAGCAGCAGAUUAUCAGCCGCCCGGCGAGUAGCAGCAUGAGCAGCACCGUCAAAUCGUGUAGCGGACCCAGACCGAUGGAGGCCGCGUCUUCGUCGGUGGCGAAGCCGUUACAUGCCACUAAGAGAUAUCCCAGGACUCCACCGGUGGCUCCGGAGGAUUGUCACAGCGAUUGCGAUUCGUCUUCCUCUGUUAUUGACGACGGGGACGAUAUCGCGUCUUCCUCUUCCCGCCGGAAACCGCCGUUUCAGUUUGAUCUUAAUUUCCCGCCGUUGGAUGGCGUUGACUUAUUCGCUGGCGCCACGGAUGAUCUUCACUGUACCGAUCUACGUCUUUGAUUUAUCGGUAAAACAUAAACAAAAACCAACAACAAGAUCCGUUGAUUUACUUACACACACGAACCAUCAAAAUAAUUAUGCUCCUUUUUUUUUCUUUCUUUUUCAUUUUCCUUUGAUCUCAUAUUGAAAGAAAAACACAAGGAAAAAAAAAGAUUGAAAAAAAAAAAAAUGGAUUGAGCGUGUGAUGAUUUUUAUCAUCAACGAAGAUGAUGACGAUUAUUGCAAAAAAGAAAGAGAGAGAGAGAUUGUGUUAGAUCUGUAACCAGAUCUGAGUUUCAUUUUAUCUGUUUCUUAUUAAAGAUCGAUGAACCCCUUUGUUACAUAUAACAACAUUCUUGAAGCUGAUGAUGAUUCUGAAUGAUUUCAAAAUCUAUUAGUCUUUAGAUUUCUACUUCUUCGUAGAGAGAGAGAGAGUAUCUCUGGUGUGGGUAGGAAGGUGCAUUUACACAAUAGUAUGUGACAGGACCACACAGGGAACAAAUAUUCGUUUGUCUUUUGUCUCUUGGCUUGAUCUUGGUAUAAUCCAGGGUUUCUUCUAUUCACAUUGUUGUUAAAAGCUUGAAGGUAGAAAGACCGUGAAGCUCAUUUGCUGUCUAAUUGGGUGAUUCGAAGAGAGAAGUUGGAAUACUCAUUGUUAUUGCUAAGCUAAGCUCUGAAGUUUUCAUUCAUCUGUUUAGAUGCAGCAGGAAGAAAAGAAAGGCUUCCCCUUUCGUGUAGCCAAUCCAUGUUUGGAUGUUGACCAACAGAGAGAUUAAGGGCAUGGGUCAAUGGGGGUGAGUGAAUUGGGUGGUCGAUAAAGCUCAAGGCCAAAUCUUUAGGUUAAAGUUUGGUGGCUGAGAUGAUUGUUUUGAUCUUUGAGAGCUGUGGGUUGGGUGGAAGAAUUCGUUGUGUGUUUGACCAUUUUGAUUUUGAAAAUUUUCUGGUAGAGAGAGAGAGGUGUCCCAAAUUUUGGUAUCUACUUUGCUUCUCUGCCACGGAUUCAGACAGUGAAUCUUUGUGUCUGAAGCAAAACCGAGCUUUUUUUUUACCGUUUUGAGUUAGGUUUCGUCUUAAGUUAAAGCUUUUUGCAAGAUGGAGUGGAAGUCAAAAGCAAUGUCUUGUUCUUUACUGUAAAGAUUUAGGACAUGACUGGAACUCAAGUAGCUUUACCUUUUCCGUUAGAAUUCCAGUUUGAGAUUUAUCUUCUAAUUUUAUGGAAUUGAGGAUUAAAUCCACCAAACGAUUCUCACAUUGUUUCUUUUUAUUUGGGUUCAUAAAAUGUCUGUUUCAGACUA